UUUUAACUGGUAGCACUUGCGUGUGUGCAAGUUGUUUGCGAGACAUACGCAUGCGCACUGAAAUGUAUUCCCGUUAAUUGAUCGCUUCAAAGUUUUUCAUUGUUUAAUGAAUUCCUUUUAAUCAAGCACCUUUCACAGUUAUUAAACAAUUCUCGUCCACCACAAACACUUAUAAUACCUUUUAUCAACAAUUCUACUCACUUAAAGUAUAUUUCACAACUACCACACACAGAGUUAUAACAACAUUUCUAAUAACAGAUGACAUUGGCAUAACAGAAGAGGCACCUUCAAACCAUUCUAUCUUUUAAAGACUGAAUGUAAAUGCUAUAUGGAAGAGACAGCUAGCAUUAUUUCUAUGAAUUCAUUGUAAAAUUCCAAUGACAUUUUGCUCUGAACUGAGAUUAUUAGCAAAAUUUCUGUGUCAUAAUCUGGAGUGUAUACAAAGUGAGUUUGUGUGCUAAUAAAACUUGGAUAAAUUUUCAGAAGUUUUUAGAUAAAAGGAAAAUUGGACAGAAAUACAGCAGCUGAAAAAAUAGCAAAGAUUAAAGAAUAGGAACAAAAAAUAUAUAGAAAUAUAGACAUAUUAUUAUUUCAGAAAUAAAUAUUGCAAAAACUAGAGGAAUUUUUCUGUUGGAGACAUGCCUAAAGACAGAGGAAAGCCAUCAUGUGAAUUUAAUAUCUGUGAAAAGUCAUUCUCUGAAAAUGGUAACCUAACAAAACGUAAGUGCAAUAAUACAAGGAAGAAGCAAUUUUGCUGCAAUAUCUGUGGGAAAUCAUUCUCUUUACGUAGUAGUUUAACAUUUCACCAACGAGUUCAUACGGAAGAGAAGCCAUAUGGAUGUGAUAUCUGUGGGAAAUCAUUCUCUGUACGUGGCAACUUAACAUCUCACCGUCGAGUUCAUACGGGAGAAAAGCCAUAUAGAUGUGAUAUCUGUGGGAAAUCCUUCUCUCAGAAUGGAAACCUAACUUCACACAAACGUACUCAUACAGGAGAGAAACCAUAUCACUGUGGUGCUUGUGGUAAAUCGUUCUCUGGAGGGAGUGCUUUAUAUUUCCACAAGCGAAUUCAUACAGGAGAGAAUCCGUAUUGCUGUGAUAUCUUUGGUAAAUCAUUCUCUGUACAUACCAACUUAAUAUCUCACCGCCGUGUUCAUACAGGAGAAAAGCCGUAUCAAUGUAACAUCUGUGGCAAGUCGUUCUGUCAGAAUGCAAGCCUAACUACACACAAACGUAUUCAUACAGGUGAGACACCAAAUCACUGUGGUAUUCGUGGUAAAUCAUUCUCUCAAGGUAAUGAUUUAACUAAACACAAACGUAUUCACACAGGAGAGAAACCAUAUCACUGUGAUAUCUGUGGUAAAUCAUUCUCUUUGACAUCAACCCUAACUACACACAAACGUAUUCAUACAGGAGAGAAACCAUAUAAGUGUGGCACCUGUGGUAAAUCUUUCACCCGAAAUAAUACGUUAACUGCUCACAAACGGAUUCAUACGGGAGAGAAGCCAUAUCAGUGUGAUAUCUGUAGUAAAUCAUUUUCUCGAUAUGAAUGCUUCACUAUACACAAGCGUCUACAUACAGGAGAAAAACCAUAUCAGUGUAAUAUCUGUGGUAAAACAUUCCCUUCAACUUCUCAGUUACGAUCACACAAACGUAUUCAUACAGGAGAGAGGCCUUAUCACUGUGAUAAAUGCGGUAAAUCAUUCCAUAAAAGUAAUGCUUUAAAAGUACAUAAAUCUAUUCAUACAGGAGAGAAGCCAUAUAACUGUGAUAUCUGUGGUAAAUCAUUCUGUCAAAAGGUUGAUUUAAAUAAACAUAGGCGUAUUCACACAGGUGAGAAGCCAUACAGUUGUGAUAUCUGUGGUAAAUCAUUUUCUCAAAAUAUUCACUUAACUAGGCACAAACGUAUUCAUACAGGUGAGAAGCCAUAUCGCUGUAAUAUCUGUGGUAAAUUAUUCGCUGCAAGUAAUGCUUUAAGUGCGCACAAACGUACUCAUACAGGGGAGAAGCCAUACCAGUGUGAUAUCUGCAAUAAAUCAUUCGCUGCAAGUAGUGCAUUAAGUAUACACAAACGUACUCAUACAGGAGAGAAGCCAUUUCACUGUGAUGUCUGUAAGAAGUCAUUCUCUGACAGUCGUAGUUUAAGAACACACAAGUAUAUUCAUACAGGAAAGAAGCCAUACCAGUGUGAUAUUUGUGGGAAGUCAUUCACUCAAAGUAAUAAUUUGAUGACACACAGGCGUAGUCACACAGGAGAGAAGCCAUAUCGGUGUAAUAUCUGCGGUAAAUCAUUCUCUGUAAGUUCUGGUUUAACAGUGCAUAGACGUAUUCAUACAGGUGAGAAACCAUAUCAGUGCAAUGUCUGCAGUAAAUCAUUCUCCGUAAGUUAUAGCUUAAUAAAUCAUAAACGUAUUCAUACGGGAGAGAAGCCAUAUAAAUGUGAUAUCUGCAAUAAGUCUUUUUCUCAGAAACACAAGUUGACUAUUCAUAAACAUAUUCAUACAGAAGAGAUGCCAUUUAAGUGUAAUAUUUGUAAGAAGGCACUCUCUAACAAUAGUAGUUUAACAGUACACAAGUGUAUUCAUACAAGGAAAGAAGCCAUGUAAGUGUGAUAUUUGUGGGAAGCCAUUCUCACAAAGUACUAGUUUAAUAGUGCACGAGCAUAAUCACACAGGUGAGAAGCCAUAUCAGUGUAAUAUCUGUGGUAAAUCAUUCUCUGUCUUAAGUUCUGGUUUAACAGUGCAUAAACGUAUUCAUACAGGUGAGAAACCAUACCAUUGUGAUCAUCAUCAUCAUCAUUUAACGUCCGCUUUCCAUGCUAGCAUGGGUUGGACGGUUCAACUGGGGUCUG